AUGGACCAACUAAAGAAUGGGAGUUUGGGCUUUGAGCAUCUAAGCAAAGCUCAGAAAAGAAAGGCCCAAAUUGAGGUAGAAAUUGGAGCCAAGAAGAAGCUAAGGCUUCUUGAUGAGGAAGAGGCUGAGGAGUUCAGUUUCUAUGGAAAUCCAUCAGCUGAGGAAAGGAAAGGAAGUUGGCAAUUGCUAAGAAUGUUAAAGCCUGGGAACCAUACACCAUGGUUGUGCAUGGGGGAUUUCAAUGAAAUCCUCAGUAUGGCUGAGAAGUCAGGGGCUGCCUCUAGGCCUUUCUCUCAAAUGGAAAGGUUUAGGGAAGCUCUAGAUGCCUAUGAGCUUAGUGACCUUGGCUAUAUAGGCUCCAAGUUCACAUGGAGUAUGCUGAGGAAGGAACAUAAGCUGUUUAGGUAUGAAGCCAGCUGGUCCAAAAGGGAAGGGUGCAAGGUGUCAGUCGAGAGAGCCUGGAUGGCAGACUCCCAUAGAGGCCAUUCUUUAAGCUCCAUCAAAACUAGCCUGACUAGAUGCAGACACCAACUUAGAAGCUGGCAGAAGACAAGUGCAGGCAACCAGACCACUCAAAUCAGACAAAAAAGUGACAUGAUCAAACAGCUGCAGGAGUCAAACCUAGGUGACCUUAAUGAUUCCAUAAGAGACCUGCAAAGAGAGGUGGAUGAAAUGCUGGCAGGGGAGGAAACCAAAUGGAGGCAAAGAUCCAAGCAGUUCUGGCUAAAGGAAGGGGAUAAGAACUCCAAGUACUUCCACAAGUGUGCAUCCCAAAGAAGACAAACCAACACCAUAAAUGUGGUGAAGAAUGAUAGAGGGGAAUGUGCUAGGGAACAUGGCAGCAUAUGCUCUCUUUUCCUUAGUUUCUGUCAGGACCUCUUUAAUUCUUCUCACCCGACAGGUAUUGAAGAGGCACUACAAGGAGACAAGGUGUUCUCAGCAGUGAAGGACUUCUUCUCAACCAGAUCAGGGAUAGGUGAGGUAAAUGACACUUACAUUGUUUUAAUUCCCAAGAAGAAGUGUCCUGAAUUAGUUACUGAGUAUAGGCCUAUAAGCCUUUGUAAUGUCCCAUAUAAAAUUGUUGCCAAGGUUUUAGCAAACAGGUUAAAAUGCUUCCUGCCAUCCAUCAUUGCACCAGCACGAAGUGCUUUUGUACCAAGCCGUUUGAUUUCAGAUAAUAUCAUAGUGGCCUACGAGGCCAUGCACUCAAUGCAAUACGGGAUGAGGAGCAAAAAAGAAGGAUAUAUGGCCUUGAAAUUGGAUAUGAGCAAGGCCUAUGACAGAAUAGAGUGGGCUUUCUUGCAAGCUGUCUUGAGGAAGAUGGGAUUUGCAGAGGCAUGGACUGAACUGGUUAUGGAGUUUCUUGGUGGAAUGCUUGACAAGGCUGAAGAGAAAGGACUAGUGUCUGGAUUUCCAUUUGCCAGGGGCUCUUUAUUGGUUAACCACCUCUUUUUUGCAGAUGAUAGCCUGCUUUUCUGCAGAGCCAAUGUGCUAGAAUGGAGUAGAUUAAUCAAGGUCUUGAACUCAUAUGAAAAUGCAUCUAGCCAGAGAUUAAACAUGGACAAGACAUCAAUUUACUUCAGCAAGAACACCAGUCCAAUCAAUAAGGAAACCAUCCUUGCUGCAGCACAAGUGAAGGAAGCAAAGGCAUUUGAGAAGUACCUAGGCCUUCCCUCGUAUGUGGGAAGACACAAACUAGCAGCAUUCAGGCCCAUACUGGACUAUAUUAGAAACAGGAUCCAGAACUGGAAGGUGAAGUUCAUAUCUCAGGCAGGGAAAGAAGUUCUCCUUAAGUCUAUUGUCCAAGCCAUCCCAACUUAUUGCAUGAGUAUCUUUAAGCUCCCAAAGGCCAUCCUCAAGAACAUAAACCAGUUAAUGCAACACUUCUGGUGGGGGAGUAAAGAUGACAAGAUCAAAACCCAAUGGAUUCCUUGGAAGAAGCUUGGACAGACAAAAAGGGUAGGGGCUGGGCUAUAG